GGCUGCAGUUAAGCUCCCGUGACAUCCAGCAAGUGACGGGACGGCGUCACGACCCGAUUAGUCCAUUUCGUCAUCCCUGUCGCAGAAAGUGUCCACCCACCACCACCCAACCUUUGGCACGCGCAGUGGACGCGUAAUUCUGGAUGUGGGAGAGGACAUUGCAAGAUCUUAUUCGGGGUCUGCGCUCGAACAAGAAAGAUGAAGCCCAAUUUAUCGCAAAGGCGGUGGACGAGAUUCGUAUUGAGAUCAAGAGUGACGAUAUGGAGCUCAAGGCAGGUGCGGUCCUCAAGCUUACCUAUCUCGAGAUGCUCGGGUAUGACAUGGGCUGGGCAUCGUUCAAUGUAGUGGAGGUCAUGUCUUCGCCGCGCUUCCACCUCAAGAGUGUGGGAUACCUUGCCGCCGUUCAAUCUUUCGACCAAGAGACGGAUGUUUUAAUGUUGACCACGAAUCUAUUGAAGAAGGUGCGUGCGCAUGCCUGCCGCAGCAACUCUUAUUCCAACGUUCAACGCACGGCUUAGGACUUGACGUCUACCCCCGCAGACAUUGCCAUCACUCUCAACGGACUCUCGCACAUUGUCACCCACGACCUUGGGCGCGAUCUAUCCUCUGAGCUGCUCACCAUGCUCACACAUUCCCGAGCUAAUAUCCGGAAACGCGCUAUCCUUGCCCUUUACAAAGUCAUGAUUCAGUACCCGGACGCCGUUGCGCCUGGGAUAGCUCGCCUGAAGGAGAAGUUGGAGGAUCCUGACCCAGGUGUCGUCGGAGCGACGGUCAAUGUGCUUUGUGAACUUGCUCGACAGCAUCCCGAGGACUAUCUAAUCAUGGCACCUCAACUCUUCCACCAUCUGACCACCUCCUCCAACAACUGGAUGCUCAUCAAGAUUAUCAAGCUGUUCGGAACCCUGUGUCCUCACGAACCUCGUCUCGUGAAGAAGCUCCAGCCCCCGAUUACUGACCUGAUCUCGACAACGCCAGCAAUAUCUCUCUUGUAUGAAUGUGUGCACACCUGCAUCAUCGGUGGAAUGCUUCAAGGGUCUUCUGGCGACUCACUUGCGAGAUUGUGCGUCUCAAAACUGGCUGCGUUCAUCGAAGACUCCGAUCAGAACUUGAAAUACAUCGCGCUGUUGGCUCUGGUGAAAAUCGUACCUUCGCAUCCUUAUCUCGUGGCGGAGUAUCAAGACACCAUCCUUGCAAGCGUGAAUGACCCCGACAUCAGUAUCCGGAUGCGAGCUCUGGACCUUGUAUCAGCUAUGGUUACCAGCAAUAAUCUGCAAACAAUCGUUCAGCAACUUCUUACGCAUCUAGUUUCGGAUUCGCCGGGAACAACCGAUGCAGCCGCUUCUCUGGCGAAACACACCAUGCAUUUGUCACCCACUACUGCCCAUGUUCACGACAUUUCACCCAGCCAAUCUCCAGCCUACCGCUUGACGCUGGCCCAGCGGAUCAUCACGCUGUGCUCACAGAACAUGUACGAACACGUGACCAAUUUCGAGUGGUACCUCUCCGUCUUGGUGGAUCUGUCGCAGGUCGCGAAUGUGGAUAUCGGUCCCCAGAUCAGGGAUCAGUUGGUAGACGUCGUAGGCAGGGUCAGAGGCGUGCGCCGAUCUGCCGUCAAGCUGAUGCAUGCUCUUUUGUGUGACGAGACGUUGCUGCACAACGCUCGGGAAGAGGGCAGCUGCUCCGAGGUGCUGUGGGCAGCUGCCUGGAUCUGUGGUGAAUAUUGCAGUGAGCUUGCGGACCCACAAAAACUGCUUCCGUAUUUGUUGCAGCCAGGGAUCGCGACCCUGCAAUCGGAUAUCAUCGCGGUCUACAUCCACGCCUCUUCCAAGAUCUUCGGAUACUGGGCUGGUCAGGUGGCAGAACGGUGGGACGAGGAAGAUCUGGUCGAGGUGAAGAGCGCGGUGGAGCUCAUACUGAGCAGCGUGGGCGAGUUUGUGAGCAACACAGACGUUGAAGUUCAGGAGCGAGCUGCCAACGCGCUCGAAUUGUUCACUUUCGUGCAAGCCGAUCUAAAUACGCACAAACCACAAGCACCUACAGACAGCAACAACCCUUUCGCUGGAGCGUCUGCAUCUCCAUCGGACAACGACCUCCGCUUCCCAAAGAGCAUGUAUCUGAUUCAUCCGCUGCACGACGCUUACGAACUCAAUCCCGUCGCGGCGCUCGCUCAAGCAAGCGUGCCAAUUCCGGAGGGCCUCGAUCUGGAUGUGUGGUUCGUGGCACCUCCACCUGAAGCUGCGCGGCCCGAUGCAGAAGCCAAGGCCCGGAAAGUCAAGAAGGGCAAGGGCAAAGAGAUCAAUGGGGGUAAACUCAAGAGCAAGAAGAAGCCCAAGGAUGCAGACGAGGAUGUGGACGACCAUCGAGUGGAAUCGGCGGAAGAGGCGUUGGAGCGAGAAAGA